UUGCCGGGACAUCGGAUAGUCGGCCGAGCAGCCGGCGGUCUCUUUCUUAACAACUCGGAUCGGUCGGGGUUUGCCGUGUCGAAGCUGCGGACCGGGGCGCGAGGUCAUUGAACGUUUUGUCCGCCAUGACACACGGUACGCGGUGACACGACGAGCACGUACGGGCGGGACGGGACCGCGAGGCUUUUGUUCGUGCUGGAAAACGGCGACAGUUUGGGUAGGCGAAAUGUCGAGACCUCCUUCCCAAACCACUCCGCAGAUCUGCAGGGUCAGCGACAAAGACCUCACUGAGAUUGAACUCCAUUCUGUGGACUCAAUCAAUGACCUGCACCGGACGCACCCCGAACACAACCACAAAGGAACGAGGCCCCCCCGCCCCGCUUACCCUCCUUCCGUGAACGGAACGCUGCACGCGCGCCACACGAGCAGCGUCGGCGGCGGAGCCAAACGGCAGAGUCGUCUGCGGGACACGUCGGCUCCGAGCUCGUCACGGGCCUACGCUACGGCCUGCGCUGUCAUCACGCUGCUCCUGCUCACGCUCGUGCUCAUUUUCUACUUCCUGGUACAACAAGGCGGCGCACUGCGGAGGCUGACCGAGGCCUCGAGGGAGAAAGAAGCUGCGGCCGCACAACUGUCCGCACUGAUCCAACAGCUACAAACGCUCACAUUCAACCUGACGGCCACGAGAGGGCGCACAUGAACGAAGAGGGUGUUCAUGGCCUGAUUCUUCACAUCCUGGCUCAAAGACGCUAUAUCCUGGAGCUGCAAACGGAGACGUCAAACCAAAUGGAGGGAUAUGACGUCGCGGAUGACGUUCGGUACCUUUUUCGCCACGUUGUGCAGUUCCUCAUUAGCAGCUUCCAGAGUCUCGGUGGCGUUCUUCGCACGACUUAACGCGGCUAAAGAAGCGCUCGCUGUCCCGUUGCAUCCUUCCCCUCCGCAUACGUGGGUGCCCUGGUUGUCACGGCAACCAGGGCCACCACACGGGCUGUCUUCGCAGCUACCGUUGACACUGGCGUCGCUGCGGCCCCCGCAUACCUGUAGGAAAAUGGGUUUCAACUUGUUAGAUGUACAGGGAUUGGCCUUCUGCACAAGUGUGUUCUGCUUCUUCUGUGGCUUUUUUUUGGGUGAUAACACCGCAGACGUACACCGGCGACGGUAAAGGCAAAUUUGAUGCUGAUGACAUACUGCACGCACCAGCCCAGCAGCCAAAGUUCCUGUGCGACGAACCCUCGAAUAUUCACGGUUUGUAAUUCACAAAUUCCGGGCGUGCGAGGUGCAACCUAUACUAUUGGCUGAAAAACUCUAUUCUAUGAAAAACCUCUUCAUGUAUUUUUCUGUUAAGCCCUAAAACGCCACAUGACGGUGCUAGGAAAGUAGUCAUUGGUGUCAAGGAAGCAUGUUUCAGUGAUACAUCAUGACUGAGAGACUAAAAUGGAGCUAAGUUUAGCCUGGGUUGUUGGCAGAAGUUCCAGAGAGUGCAGCUUGUAUGUCUUUGCUCUGCUGAGUAGCUAUUAAAAGGCUUUUUUUUUCAAAAUCAAAUCACCUGCCAGCCAUUUAUUUUUGAAGGGUUAUGUUCUAA